AUGGAGUACUACGCCAUAUAUAUACCCGACAAUACUUCGAAUUUCUCAAUAAAAAGCUUCUACAAUGACAAAGCAGAGGCAUUAUCCGCUUUGAAGCUGCAUAAAGAAGCUCGUAUGAAAGCGUUUUCUUCGAGCGAAGAGGCAAUAUCAUUUUUUCUCCAUGGACCGUCCGAGCCUGCUGUUCCAGGUGCCGCUGCCAGUGUAGUUCAAUCCCCCAAAAGCAAAGCUAUAAAAUCGCUGUUUGUUGCUCCCACUAGCCAAAAGCUAGUAGCGUUUCGCAAACUAAUUGAAGCAAACGAUGUGGCUCAAGUACGAUACAUAAUUAAUACCAAUCCCAGGUAUCUGAUAAGCUCAGGAGACACACCCACAAUUAUGAAAGAGGGACCACGGUACAAUGCAUUACACAUAACUGCCAUUCAUGGCCGCAGUGAAAUUUGUCGUCUGAUUUUACAAACCAUCGAAAAUGCAGCAUACAUUGAAAUGCUGCACGGUCAACAAACGCCUUCUACCACGGAAGUAAGUGCCAUAAUGCUCGAUUUGUACCUCAACACUCCAGAUAAAUGCCGUAACGAAACACCGCUUCAUUUUGCGGCCAAACAUGGUUGGACUGAUGUUGUGAAGGAGUUGAUUGCAUACCCGCAGUGUCAAAUAAAUCCAAAUUCAGAUGGUUUAUAUCCAAAGGAUAUUGUGUGUAGCCGUGCAAAGCCUGCCAAUAAUACGCCCGAGGUGUGUGAAGCUAUUUGCGCACUCUUAAAGGAUAACUAUUUUGUACCGGUGAUACGUACUCAGGACAAUGUGUAUCCACCGGCCAUCGGUAAACCGUUUUCACCAACGUAUCUUCCGAGUUUGGAUGUUCUUGCGAACAAAUUGAGUCCGCUCCGCGAAAUAAAAGCGUAUGCUGGGCCGAUGGAUCGGGAAAAAGCCGAUCAAUUUUGCAAACGCUGGAAAACACCUCCGAGAUUGUUGGUGAUGGAGUCAAAUGCCCAAAGCAAAGGUAGAUCAACAACGCCACCGGGCGUAAGAUGUAGCUCAACGCCUAUCAAGGCCAAACCUCGUCAACUUUUCGCGAAUAAUUCUUUCGAGAUGAAGCUGGAUUCUGAAAUGAAUGCAAACAUGACUGAAAAGCUUAACAACAAUGAUUACAAAUCCGAGAACAGCAUCCCAGUUGAUACUAAUGAAAACAUGGACGUCAACGGCAACGAUCUUUAUCAAUUAAAGGAUAAGUCGUUCGCUAGGGAUACGGCCACCCCUCAUCGUCUUUUUCAUACUUAUCGCAAGCUGCUGAACGAUAGUUUCGAUUCUGAGAGCUCAUUCUGUGACGGAAAUGAUGAUGCCAAUUUCAGCUAUGUUUGCGAAGAGUCCCGAACGCUACAUGACAAGAUUCAGGAUUCGCAAAGCUUUAAGGAGCGCUCCAUUCGGCUGAAUGAUCUCGAAAAAGGCCUUGAAACGGUUGGACGUACAUUAGCCUUGAAGGAAAACGUCGGCUGGAAGGAAUAUUGGAACUUUUUGGGUAAAUUUUGCAACCUGGCGGACGAUGCUGGCCUAGACAUGCUGGACAAAUUUUUAGCUCAAAAGAGGAUGCAAGAUAAGAACGUUUCUGCAGCUGCCUUCGUGUCACCAUCGAUAUUCACCAAAGAUGCAGGAAGUUCACAUGAGCAAUCGUUUAAUGAGAACUUGAAUAAGAUUUGUGAAUCGACUGAAAAACUGACUUUACAAGACACACCAAGCCAUAUCACAAAAAAGGCCUUUGGGAAUGACGCCGCCAAAGGAGUGCAAGGUAUUAAUCAACGGAUGCCACUUGCUAAUGUAUAUAGCUGCGUUCUAAAUUCUUUGCAAAUUUUCGGGACACGAUUUGCGAAGAAUUUAUUUAAAUCAAUCAGUCCUGCACUCAAGAGUGAUAGCAACCUUCCUAUACAUGAUGUAAUUCACGAUGAUGAAACGUACCUGGAAUUGAUCCGUAAACUUGAGAAGCUACUCGAAAACUAUCAAAACGAUUCCGCAUUUCAAAAGAUCGAUUUUUCGAAGGCCCAUUCGAUGUUCGCGUACUUGAUCGUAGUGAACAUUCCAUACGGAACCGACAAAGAAAAGCAGGAAGCGAACUUGAUUUUUCAAGGAAUAAAAAAGCUGCUGUCAUUGGAGCAAACCAACGAACAAUAUUCCCGAAUGUCGAAGACCUGGCGGUGUGUGGCAAGCUUUGUGUCCCACUACUUCGAUAACAUUGAGCAGAUGAAGCCAUGUGAUUUUGAAAACCAAACAGAGCAAAGCUUCCGAAGUAUGUGGAAUGAUGAUUGUAGAAUUAUUGCCUGUGUCUGCCGCAUCGAUGCAGUCUCGCAUUCCGGUCGGGGAAUCCUGGAGAGGAUGAGCAAGCGGCGCGAGAAGCGUGCAAAUAGGUUACUAUCAGAGCCAUCUGAAGCGAUUGCUGAUUUUGUAACAUAUCGGAAUCCAGCACAAUCAUCAGAGCUUGCAAAUAGAAGAUAUGUCUCCAGUGACGACGACGAGCUAUACUACAGUUGCGACUCGGAGGGCGAGGAGCAGGAGAACGAGACAUUUUUCACACCUCCUUCCAGCCCCAAGCCGCUUCCGAGACGCUUCAUAAAUACGAAUGCUAUUACUGGAAAUCGACUCGGGGGCGAGGAGCAAGAGAGCGAUGUACCUGGUGUCAUCACACCUCCCUACACUUGCGAGCCUCUGAGACGCUUCAAAUUUCCGAAUAAUGCCACUCCUAGAAAUAGAAAUGCACAGCCAGCGUCUGCGUCCAAUUUGGUAGCUAAGACGGUCAGCGAUGAGUCGGUAGAUGCGCCAAUGAAAACGAUUGCGACCCGUGACGAAGGCUAUACGAUUUUUAUCUCCGGAACAAAGCCCUCGAAAGAAGAUUUUGACGUAUUCAUGGUGCUGAAAGACCUCGAAAUUGAUCAACACUCGUAUCCUCAUAUUUUCGAUUGGAAGAAUGAGAUGAAAAAAUAUUGAUGAUUUGAUUUGAAGUUAAAUUGCGUUCAAUUUGAGCAUUUUGUUCUGUGAAGCACAGGAACAACGGAGUUGCUGAAACAGCUGCAGGCUCAAUUCGAAACAUGAAAUAGGUUACUACAUUACUGUACAUUCGUAAAUUGUAUCCUAAGAUGUAAAAGUGCGAACUAAUGACGAGACGAAGAGCAUAAAUAAAUAUGUAGAAAUAUUCCGUAUGUGGCGCGGGCUCCGUAUGCGGAUUGAGCGAAUUUAAAAAUAGAUCAAACUGCCGCCGAUAGGAGUUGAUUCGAUAUAUUGUCCGUCGAAAUCCGAGCAGAUAUUCGUCGAAUGUAAAUUAAU